CUCAGAUGAAGAAGAGGACUGUCACGUGACUGGAGUGUUUGGUCUCUUGAUUCAGUGCAGUGAUGGAUCAGAUGGAGCUCUACUAACACUCUUCAGGCAGACUCAGGAACAAGAAGUUUGUCUGCAUCCACAAAUAGUUGGACAAAUAGCUGUAAGGGGACAGAUCAGUGACUGUAGAGUAGAGGUGUUAAUGUGGUCUCUGAAUCCAACAUCACUAAAUCCCAGAAGUAAUGAAGACAGUCCUGCUGGAGAAGAUAUGGCCAUGUCCAUGCAGACAGCAGCUGACCCUACUCUCACACACACAGCUGGUCAGUUCUACGUGAUGAUGACUCCUUCAGAUGUUCUGCAUUCUGCCACUCAGCGGACUUUAGCUCCACGCACACAUAUCUACACUGUAGGGGAACACAAUGCACAAGAGCAUGAAGGUUUUAACUGGAAAAUGGACAUUCUGCGCACUCCUAGAGACGAGAGGAGAAGAGCACAACAUAAUGAAGUUGAAAGGCGACGGCGAGACAAAAUCAACAACUGGAUCGUGGCGCUCUCGAAAAUCAUCCCAGACUGCAGCAUUGACGGCACCAAGACUGGAGCGAGUAAAGGUGGGAUCCUGUCAAAGGCGUGUGAUUACAUUGGCGAGCUGAAGCAACAUAACCAGCGUCUGCAGGAUAGUUUGAGAGGAGUGGAGAGAGUGCAGAUGGACAAUGAGCUGCUCAGACGGCAGCUGGAGGAGCUCAAGAGCGAGAACGGCCUUCUGCGAGCGCAGCUGGAGCAUCACGGCAUUGACACGAUCGCAGACGCCUCGGCACACUGAGCCUCAGGCAUUCUGGGAAAGAGAUUCUGGUCAAUCCAGACGACAAAAGGCUCUCGGAGAAUAACACGGGACUGCAGUGAGCCGAAUGACAAACGCUGGCUUGUGCUCGAGAGUCUGUCUCAGAUGUCUGAUACAGUCCGGCUUGCUACCGAUGAGGUCAAAGGUCAAGACGUUUCCAUUAGCACCAACACCAGGUGUUUCCUAAAUAACUCUGAACUAAAGAGAAGAAUAUACUGUAGUUAUACUGUGUUUCUAGUUGUCCCCGCUCUAUAAAGCACCCCAGACAUUUUCCGUUUGCUUUUCCUAAUUUUCCAGCUUUGUUGCUUUCAAUUUUGUCUUCAUGCUUUACUUGGAGUAUUAGUUGUUUGUGCAAUGCCUCGUUUAAUUUGAAAUUCUCCUG